CCUCGGCGUCUCCGUCGUUUCCGCACGCGCGCGCGCACGAAACGAACAAAGCGCGACUCCGCGCCAUGGGUCUGCUUUCGAACCUGUUCGGUCGCGGCAGCGCGGACGCCAAGCUGCAAGAUCAAAUUUUCAAUCUGAAAUUCACCGCGAAAUCACUCGCGCGCGCGGCGAAGAAGUGCGAGGCCGAGGAGCGCGCGAACAAAUCAAAGGUGAAGCGCGCGAUCGAGCGCGGAAAUAUCGAUGGGGCGAAAAUACACGCGCAAGAUGCGAUACGCAAGAAGAACGAGGGGUUGAAUAUGCUGCGGUUGGCGAGUCGAUUGGACGGCGUGGUGGCGCGUUUGGAGACGCAGGCGAAGAUGAACGCGGUCAACGCAGACAUGUCUGGCAUCGUGAAAUCGUUGGAGAAGAGCUUGAACACAAACAAUUUGGAGAAGGUUUCGGAGACGAUGGAUGAAUUCGAGAAACAGUUCGAGAAUUUGGACGUUCAGACGGAAUUCGUGGAGCAGGCGAUGGGGAACACGUCGGCGUUGUCGACGCCGCCGGAGGACGUGGCGUUGCUGAUGCAGCAAAUCGCGGAUGAGCACGGGUUGGAGUUUGCGAGUGAUUUACCCGCGGCAGGGACGACGAUUCCAGCGGCGAAACAAGCGGAAGCGGAUUUAGCGAACCGUCUCGAGACGCUGAAGGGGACGUGA